UUUGUUGUGUAUUGUACAGAAAAUUUGUUUACACAAUGCUAGCACUAGCAUCGUAUAGAUACAGAAACGGUGGGCCCAGUACCGUGAGUGUAACCCAAUAAUAAAUACAACGACCGGUCUUCCGGAACCCUAGCUCGGAAGUGCUGGUCGGAAGUGCUCGUCUUUCUCCAGUCUCCGAAUUAGGGUUUUGGCUUUGCAUCCAACGAGAAAAGGGGGGGGGGGGUGUUUCUUGCAUUCGCAGAUAUGGCGGAUGUGGAGACGGAGGUGGCCGCCGGGCUGCCGAAGAAGAGAACUUUCAAGAAGUUCAGUUUUAGAGGGGUGGAUUUGGAUGCUCUUCUUGACAUGUCUACUGAUGAGCUUGUAAAGCUUUUCUCUGCUAGAGCUCGGCGACGGUUUCAACGGGGACUGAAGCGAAAGCCAAUGGCUUUAAUUAAGAAACUGCGCAAAGCUAAAAGGGAGGCCCCACCUGGUGAAAAGCCAGAGGCAGUUAGAACCCACCUUCGAAACAUGAUCAUAGUGCCAGAAAUGAUUGGAAGCAUUGUUGGGGUUUACAAUGGGAAGACCUUCAAUCAGGUUGAAAUUAAGCCUGAAAUGAUUGGUCAUUAUCUUGCUGAGUUCUCCAUCUCAUACAAGCCCGUGAAGCAUGGGAGGCCAGGGAUUGGUGCCACCCAUUCAUCAAGGUUUAUUCCUCUCAAGUGAAAUAUUUACAAGUGCUUCAUUCAUCCAUCUUUUAUUCCAUUCCUUGGAGCUCGAAUUACUCUUAUUAGACAAAUUGAUCAAGAACCUGAAUUUGUCUGUUACUUGUGUUUGCUGAAUCAGUGAGUAUUGAUAUUUUUAUAUGAUAUACCCCUGCCUUGGCUAUUCACUGAAAAA